AAAAAAAAUAAAUUAAGCUUACAGAUAUGAGCUUAUAUUUUAUAUUUAAUAUUUUUCAUUACUUUCUUUCUUCUGCUAUGCCAAGAGUAAUAGUUUCUGUCCUGAGUCUCCUCAAACCCUUUACUUCAUUCCCAACUGAGAUCUUCCUGCAAAAAUUAUAAUGGCUGAGAAAAGUAAGAUUUUGGUAAUAGGAGGGACUGGUUACAUUGGAGAAUUCAUAGUGAAGAACAGUGCUAAAGCUGGGCAUCCAACUUUUGUACUGGUCAGAGAGAACACAGCUUCUAAUCCUGAAAAGUCACAGUUGAUUGAGAGCUUCAAGAGCUCAGGAGUUACAAUUCUAUAUGGAGAUUUAUAUGAUCACAACAGUUUGGUGAAAUCAAUCAAGAAAGUUGACAUAGUAAUCUCUUGUGUUGGGAAAGAUCAGAUAGCUGAUCAAGUGAGAAUCAUUGCAGCUAUCAAAGAAGCUGGAAAUAUCAAGAGAUUUCUGCCAUCUGAAUUCGGAACGAAUGUGGAUCGAGUCCAAACUGUUGAGCCAGCUGAAAGCUUUUUUAGGCAGAAAGCAAACUUCAGGAGAGUGAUGGAAGCUGAAGGAGUGCCCUACACCAUAGUCUCUAACUAUUGUUUUGCAGGCUUUUUUCUACCUAAAAUGGGACAGCAUAAUGGAACAGCUCCCCCAAGAGACAAAGUAGUCAUCCUUGGAGAUGGAAAUCCCAAAGGAGUGUAUGUGGAGGAAGAAGACAUAGCAACUUAUACUAUAAAAGGAGUAGAAGACCCAAGAACCUUGAACAAGACCCUUUACAUAAGACCACCUGCUAAUAUCUUGUCUUUCAAUGAGAUUGUGUCCAUAUGGGAGAAAAAAAUUGGCAAGACCCUUGAGAAAAUUUAUGUUCCGGAGGACCAACUUCUUAAGAAAAUAAAAGAGUCUCCAUUUCCAUUAAACUUCAUCAUGUCUCUUGGUCACUAUUCCUUUGUGAAAGGAGAUGCUUCAAUCUUUGAGACUGGAGAUUCUUCAGCUGUGGAUGCAACUGAGCUUUUUCCAGAGGUCAAAUACACCACUGUUGACCAAUAUCUUGACCGUUUUGUCUAGACUCUAGAGUGUAUUUGUAAAACGAAGCAAAUUAACUGUCAGAACUCGGUGUGAACUCAGUGUGUUUGUAAUGAACUCGGUGUUGUGUCACUCAGAGACUGCUAUCAACAACACUUUCAGUUGAAAGAACUGUCAUCCUUUGAAGAACACAGAGUCCAUUUUCUAUUGAAAAUGAAAAAUUAUGAAAAAUAAAUGUACAUUACUACAUUGUCCUUGACUGAACUAAAUAAUUUUAACUACCUAAAUUAAGUUUUUUUUUUUUUUUCACAGUAAAUUAAAUAUGAGCAUUAUAGUCACCUCAAAAUUUUAUGAAGACCCUUAUUUAUUUUUA